AUGACUUCUGACACCCAUUCUGAGAUAAAUGAUUCUGAAGAUGGGUUAAUAGAAAUUGGAAAUUAUGAGGAAAAUAGUACUGAUGCACUUCUUAAGGAAACACCUGGGUCAGUUUCAUCAAAUGAAUUUUCAACAACCGAUCAGAAAAAUAAAUGUGAGAAGCGACCUGUUGAAAAUAUAGACUUUGAUCCUUUUUUGCAAAUAAUGCAACAACAGUUAGAUCUUAUUAGACAAGAGCGACAAAGGGAAUCAACUAUGACAAAUAAUCCUGAUUAUCACUUUUUCAUGAGUUUGUUGCCUUAUUUUGAAAAAUUAGAUGUGAUGGAAAAAUUACAACUACGUUCAAAUAUUCAAAAUGUUGUACUUGAAACCUUAAAACAAAAAGAACUGGAAAAACAAAGAAGAACGAUGUAUAUUCCACCAACUUCGUUUCAGACAGAACAAAAUACUUACCACCAGUUUCCACAAAACACAGGACAGGAUUUAACUAUUUCAAAUCCUUAUACUCCCAAUAGUUUCAAUUAA